UUUCGUAUAAUGACGUUGUUCUGAACGCAAAACAUUUUAUCUCAAGAGAGUACAAUUAGUAGCAAACACCUUGCACUUCUUCAUCCCAUAACCGAUGCAAUUAACUCAACUGUUCCCUCAAGUGCUCCUCAAACAAACCUUUCCAUCCCAAUAAAAGUCCAUUAGACAAAGUGUUGCUGUUUAUUGUUUAAUUAACUGGAGCUGAAAUAUCUAAAUCCCCAAAUCGCGAUAAUUCUAAUUUACUUAUACCAAACCACCGAGCUUUUUCGAUCAAACCGCAACGAUCAGAUGGGCAACCACACCGUCAAAAACGACACAAGCGACGAAGACUACUCCUCAUCGGACGAAUUUGACCCAUCCAACCACACUUUCAUCAACGAAAAAUGGAUAAUUCGCUCAACGGCUCAGAUCGCAAUCGAAUCUUCGAUUUUCGCACCGAUUGUCCUGUUUGGAAUUUUCGGCAACUUUUUAUCAAUCUACGUGUUAGUCAAAAAUCGGCACAUUUGCACCCCAACUAAUUUACUAAUCGGGAACAUGGCAGCUGCUGAUUUGCUCUCCCUUCUGAUACACCCUUGGGUUUUUUUGAUCUACGAUUUUUUCCAAAACUAUCAGUUCGGCAGCUUUGGUUGUAAAACUGAAGCCGCUGUUGAAUGUUCGAUACUGCUGGCGAGUGUUAUAAGUGUGACGGCAAUCAGCUAUGAUCGCUUGACGGCAAUUGUGUUGCCACAAGAGUCGAAGUUGACGAAACGUGGGGCUAAAAUUGUGAUGGUCGCCACGUGGGUCACCGGAAUUUUGCUAUCGACCCCUUUUUACAUCUACCGGAGUUACAAAGAACGACAAUGGCUCGAUUUCUUGGAAAAGUAUUGCACUGAGAACACAAUGAUAACGAAUAUUUACUGGCAUGUGAUUAUCACAGUGCUUGUCUGGCUGCCACUCACCAUCCAAUUGAUCUGUUAUAUCACCAUUUUUAUCAAGUUAAAUAAAUACGAAAAAGUGGUUCGAAGGAAUCUGGAUCACCGUCAAGUAGAUUACAAGAAAAAAGCCGUCCGAAUGAUGGUUUCGGUAAUUUUAACAUUUCUAAUAUGCAGAUUGCCUUUUACUGCGCUCAUUUUUUACCGUGACAUCAAGCAGAGUAAUCUAUCGCAAAAUACUCAAAUCCAAAAUAUGGCAAGUGGAGCAUACCAUAAUCUUUGGUUCGCCUCAAAAUUCUUCAUUUUUGUCAAUUCGGCGCUCAAUCCGCUGAUUUAUAGCGUGACGAAUGACAAGUUCCGAAGAGGAUUCAGAACGACAAAGUUGUCGAAAUGGCUGUUUCCACGCGAGAAAAACAAGCCGAAAGUUGCGUCAACGAAGCCAACCCCUAAACUCACCGAUACGUCCAUGUUGUUCAAAAAGAAGAACAUUUUUUUGAUUUUCAAGAAGAAGAAAAACCAGCCUCUGUCGAUUGAGAGUACUGUUACUUCGACGGGAAAGGCACAUUUAGAAAUAAAUAAAAUAUAAAUUUCUGGACUUUUUUGUUAGAAUUUUCGUUUUUUGUAUUCUUGUAACUUGCACAGUUGGUUGUUAUAUUUAUGGCCCCGCGAAAAAUAUGAAUAUUAAUGAAAACAAGAUUUUGGUUCCGAAAUAAUAAAAAAGUAAUAAAUCGUUGAUUUAUUAUUAAGAAUUAUUCCGAAGAAACGAAGUAAAUUAAAAGUUGUUCUUUUUGGCAUUUUAGUCUAAUUUAUAACGUCCAUGUUAUUUAAAGUCUUUUCCAAGUUGCCAGAACAGAAGCUUCGAGCAUCGAAAAUCAACCAAAACUGGAAAACAUCAAACAUUUUUAAUGAAAAUUUGCUAUAGUUUUUAAGUUAUCGUCGAAAUUCCCUAUUAUUUGUUUAUAUCAUCAGUUUUUUUCGAUAAAUAUUUGUCGAAAAAAAUAGUUAUGUAUUUAUUAUACACGUGAAAAGAGAGUGACGAAGUCACGAGUGAACUUAUUUCACGAGUAGAUAAACAAUCUUCGUCGUCUUGUGUAAUACAUUUUUUUCUAAAGCAGAACUUCAAGUUUAAAAAAACACUUUGUACACUUAUCUAAUUGAAUGAAUAAAAUAAAUUGCGGUUAAAGUGCUAUUUUAUCUAACCUUACCGUUAAAAUGCUAUUUUAUCUACUCUAAAAGUUGAUAAAGAAAUAGUUUAAGAUUUGCUGUGAAAAAAGAUCUUACUUUCUUUAAAGAAAAUCGAAAAUUUUUAAAUCCGACAGUUGCUUUUGUUUAACCACAGCAACUAGGGACAAAUACUACUUAUUUAUUUGAUUUUAAGUGUCAUAUGCUAUUUGUCAGUUUAAAUUUUUUUGUGAGAGAAAGAAAAUACUAAAACAUUG